GUAGAUUUAUGUACAGCACUGGUAUUAAAAAUUUUAUUGGGAAAGCCUUAACUCAACCGCGUAAUGUGAUAUGGAUAAACGGUAAAUUUGAUGAAUCAAUUUCAUAAGGAAUAUAAUAAAUAAAGCUAGAGAAAUCCCGGAGUUCUAAGAUCAUCAUUAGUGAAAAUAGACACGCAGAAGAAGUACGCAUUCCAGAGAAGAUCGUCACAACGGUGGAUUAUCGGGGGUAGAUAUGUUUGUGUGUGUGGACCAUACUUAUGGAUAGAACACCUGAAUGGUAUACACCUGGUGAUAAUCUGCUCUACACACCUGGAUCUUUGUUGUGGAAUUAUUAAUACAUCACAUUAAUUGGGUACACCUUGUGAUAAUCUGCUGUACACACCCGAAUCUUUGUUGUGAGAUUAUCAGUAGACCACCUCAAUGAUAUACACGUGAUGAUAAUCUGUUCUACACACCUGGAUAUUUGUUGUGGGAUUAUCAGGGUACGUGCAGGGAAACCGCGUCACCAUUGUUAUAUAGUUAAAAGAAUAGACCAAUACAUGUGACAUGUAUCGAAUGGGAUUAAGGAUUAUUGUGGUUUUCUUUGUUGUGAUAAAAUAGGGAUGUGGAACUAACGUUGAACAUUAGAAGAUAUAUAUGUAUCUUGGUGACAUGUGAAAUUCAGGUGAUGCUGGACAGGACGCUGAAUCAGGACGGCAUGAGAGGUCAAGGCCAAGGUAUACGAGACAAUACGCUGACCCCAAACAGGCUCAGACCUAUGUUUGAGUCCCGCAGUGCUCGUCCAAUCAAGGGCAAAACAAGUGGUUUUCCUUCACUCCAAGCUCACAUGUACCACCUGCACUUAGUCCAUACCAUUCAGAUUCUACCUCAGAAGAGCUCAGUCAGUGUACCGUCAUUGAUUUCCCAGCAUUCCUUCCUGUCGGGAUCUUUACUGUGCGAUGUGCACCUACCCAAUAGUUGGUCCUUACAGCUGAGUUAUGAUGGACCAAUCACACGGAGUGAUGACUCGGCACUCCUAUUACACAGACUAGGACUGGAUUGUGGGAUUUCAAGCCAUGGAUUACCUUGUACUGAUACACAGGGGAAGGUCAGAUUACGGGAUCUGUUCAGUGACACGCUAGGGGUGAAGGAGAUGCGGCGGACGUCCUUGACAUUACUACACGACAAAGGCCCCACAUCGCUAGAUAGUGACCUUACCUUGAAUCCCAUGGAAAUAUACAGUUUCAAGGUCAAAUGGUGAAUGUUUAUAAUGGGAGUGAUUUUGUAAUUGUUUUAUGUGAUAAACGGCCAUGUAGACUGAAGAUACUGUGAAACUGGGUGUGAUAAAAGGCUGUAUAGACAUGAGAUCCUGUGAAAUGCAUUGUGUUAAGACUGUAGAAAUUUCAAAUGCUGUGAAAUUGAGUAUGCUAGUGAGAUUUAUAGACUUGAGAUCAUUUGAUAUUUAGUGUGAUAAAAGCUCUACAACCAUGAAAUCCCGUGAAAUUGAGUGUGAUAAAAAUUGUAUAGACUUGUGAUCCUGUGAUAUUGAGUGUGAUAAGAGUUGUACAAAUUUCUUUUCCAGUGAAAUUGAGUGUGAAGUAAACUCUACACAUGUACAUACUUUUUAUGCUGUGAAAUUGAGUAUGAUAAAAGAUGUAUAUUCUUGGGAUCUUGUGAAAGUGAGUUUCAACUUUUUAUUGGACAGAAAGCUGCGCUAUCUGAGUAGGACUGUGUCAGAGAGUGUUUAGAUGUGAUCUUCAUUAUCCGACUAUGUCAUGUAAAUGAGCUUACAUCAGGCCAGGAUUUCUCGAAAAAGAACUGAAGUCGAAACUUGGACUAAAGUCUGAGAGUUUACUCAAAUAUUGACUGCUUAAAUAAAAGAAAACUGAAACUUAAGUUUGAGAUUUUUUUUUAUGAAAUCCAAGCCAGAUUUUGGACUCAAUUUAACGCGGGAAACAAAUAGUGUAAGAAUGAGAACGAGAUAGAAAGUAGGCUCAUUCAAUAUUUUAUAUUUGCUGAAACCAAGUCUUUAGGGAUGUUUGCAACACCACAUUUGGAUAUAUGUAGUUUUCAUAUGUAAAUAUGGUGCACAUGUAUCUGUUUGAAUUUUUUUUUAGGUUUUCGUGAGUUUUGUAGUACAUUGCACAAUUCUAAGCUGAAUUUAUUUCAGAGACAGUCUCAACAAAUGACCAAAAAACUAAAGGAGAUAUUUACUCUUGAAAGGUUUUAAUUUGUGAAUGGGAUUUCAUGUGAAGUCUGUGUUGAUGAUUGAAAUGGACGCUGGUGUGUCCAGGGGUCCGUGUUUGCCCAACUAUAUAUUUUGUAUUGCUUGUAGGAGUUUUGAGAUUGAUCACUGUUCGUUAUCUUCACCUUGCAUUAAGAUUACUCGAUGAAGGAGAUAUGUUUUAAAUAUUGUCAACCUUUCUAUCCCCGGUGACAAGAGACGGAGUUUCAAUGACAAGUGGUAUUGAGAUCCCGUUAACUAAAACAUUAUUUCAUUUUUGUUCAUCUCAAAUUUAAGAAAUAGUUGCUACUGACUUAUUUCCUCGUAAAAUAGGAAAUGUGCUUAGAUUUGGUGCCUAGAGGUUAAGGCUAAAUAUUGAUGUUUAUCAUAAUAACCCGUCUAUUAUGAGAAAGUAAUCUGUGUAAUAACUGGCUCCACACUUACUAUCUUUAAUCGCAAGUUAAUGGAAUUACUGCAUUUGACCUGCCUCCGUGUGGAGUAGAAAUAGUGUUUAGAUGAUGUUGCCUCAAGUUUUAGUACAAGAGUUUACAGAGAAACAGAUUGUUUUACUGAUGUUUUAUUGAUAAUUCGCUUACUAUAAUAUACUACAUACUGCAAUUUAACAAUUAACACAAUACAAUGAUAUAAUUCUACUACACUGGAGGUUGAAGAGAAACACGUUGUUUUUUGUGCAACACAAAUAUAUAUAUUAUGAUUGCCAACUUAUCAAGAUAAUGAUUUCAGAAACAUUUUAUAAAUACUCUACAUAUCAGUAACUUGGUGUCUUAUAAACCAGAAUGGUGCAAUCAUCUAGUGAUCAGAUAAUGUUAGUUUUCUCUCAAACCUACCAAAGGCAUCAGGGCAGUGUGACUGAUAUUGCCAGGUGAUCUAUAUUUUAUGAUGAUGUUUUGCUGACCCUAAUAUUGUUUUUAUGGAAUUAUAUUAAUUCAAUUCAGGAUUGGUAUUUCAAUUCUGUGAUUUUUUUAAAUAAACAGGUGCGUGUUUCAUGGAUUAUCUGUUUCCCUAUCCACCCUUCAGUUUUUGAAAUCCCGACCUCCUGCGCUGUUCCCUGCGAGAAGCGUGUCUAUACAUACCAAAUUGUAAUAGUAUCAUUAGCGGAUGUGGAAAUAUCUUGUAUGUCACAAACAUGUUACCACACCCAUCAAGUAUUUAUGUGUAUUGUAUGGAUGCAUGGAUGUUGACUUAUAAAAAAGUCAGGAAUGAUAUUCAAAUCCCUGCAGAAUAUCGGAUGUGAAAGAAUACUGUCGUUGUGUAUGUGUUGUUUUUUGUAUUUAAAUGACAUGUAUUAUUUUAUUUUAUUGGUGAUAUGAAUGUGAAUCAGUGAUGUUUAAUGCUAUAUAUACUGUGAUACACGUAAAACAAUGUCCCAUUAUGUCUGAAGUAUGAAAAUUGAUUCAUUACGUAUCAUGUAUGGAUGGCCAUAAUGCGUGAAACAUGUAUGUGUAUAGUUUUUAUUGGAUACAUGUACGAAUGUAUGAUAAUUUAUGACUGUCCGAUUAUCUUGGAUACUUAACCUCAUUAGUAUAUGACGUUUAGAUGUUAUUUUGAUGUCAUGUUCAUAUGACCUUUCGUGGUUAUUGUGACGACAUACGUGAUGCUUAGAGGUUAUUAUAAAGACGUCCAUGUGAUGUUUAUCGGUUAUUGUGACGUCGUAUUCACGUGAUAAACGUUGUGUAGGAUCGUCCUAUUUAACAUCUGCUGAUAACAGUCGUCCUUGUUUUAUGUCGGGUGUAACCAGUGAUAACAUUACAAUUACAUUCCAUACUCUCAUCGCUGUUUGCUAAUAAAUCUUCUAUCAUGUUA